GCAAAACAGAAGUGCAAAGUUUUGGUCCAAUCGAAAAUGGUGGUUCUGAGAUCUCUCCGCCGCUCUGCGGCCAUCGCCGUAUCUGCUCUCCGAUCUUCCUCCGUGAAUCAGCUCUCGCACCCCCGCUUCCUGUUUUCGCGGAGCUUCUUCGCCGGCGUUUCUUCAUCUCCGUCCUCUCUAAUCCCUUGUGAUUACAAAUCUCCUCGGGCCAUGUAUAUCGGUAAGGUGCGUUGCUUCAGCGAAGACGUAGCUCACAUGCCUGAGAUAAAAGACUCUGAUGUUCAGAAUGCUUUCAAAGAUCUGAUGGCGGCGGGUUGGGCAGAGCUACCUGCUGCUGUCGCACAUGAAGCGAAAAGCGCUUUGUCCAAGAACACAGAUGACGAGGCGGGACAAGAGGCCUUGAAAAAUGUCUUCCGAGCAGCCGAAGCUGUGGAGGAGUUUGGGGGAAUUCUCACUUCCUUAAAAAUGGCAAUUGACGAUAGCAUCGGACUAAGCGGGGAGGAUGUUAAACCUUUGCCAGAUGAUAUAGCCAAGGCGCUACGCACUGUUUAUCAACGCUAUACUGUCUAUCUGGACUCUUUUGGACCUGAUGAAAUCUACUUGAAGAAAAAAGUCGAGAUGGAAUUGGGGACAAAGAUGAUCCACUUGAAGAUGAGAUGCAGUGGGCUUGGUUCAGAGUGGGGAAAGGUCACCGUUCUUGGAACCUCAGGGCUAUCGGGAUCUUAUGUGGAGCAACGAGCUUAACGAGCAAAAAAGUGAUCCGAAACGAGGGCAACUUCGAUCUGUUGUCUAUCGUGUUUUUUUUUUUUUUUUUUUUUUGUGUGCCUGGAAGCGUAAGGUCAGUUCAUUUUCCCUUCCAAGUGACCUAGAGCUUAACAUUGUUUUGAAAAAUAAAAUCGCAGCCCUGCAACGUUCCGUCCAA